AUGUCCAUAGUCCUCGACCUCUUCAAAAAGAAAGUCCUCGCUAUGCCCAAAGCGGCAUCAAGAUUCACGCCCGCCGUCAAAGAAGGAUCUCGAAUUCUCCCACCAAAGGCAAAAGAUGUGGAGUUGAAACUCCGCAUUGACGGCGGUCAUUACAACCCUGCCGACAAAAAGCUCAAUGUCGUCCUACAAAUAAACAAAGAAGCCAAGUCGCCGUGCCUUGUCGAACAACGAAAAAAAUUUACAUCACAUUAUAAAUUCGCGUCGAAAAAGUUUGACACGGGGGCAGGGGGUAAGCAAGGAGAGUUGGAGAGGGUAUUGGACUCUCUAUGCGCUCAGCGAAAGGGGGAACUCAAGAAAUUAGGACGUUAA